AUGAGGGGACUGAUUCUUCAGCUUUCGGCACUUUCUCAGGAAGUUUCACAGGCAGAGCAUGAAGAUACAAUGGCACACCAGCAAGAUUUUGGUACCCAACUUCCAGAGAAAAAGACUAGACCACUUCAAAAUGAAAACACCGUUGCAAACAUCGAUCCAAUGGAGCACCUUUCAAAAAAGGAACUAGUCAUGUUACUUGACAAAUCGGGUGAAUUUUUCAAUCAUCAAGACGAGGAUUCGUUAAAGUCGAUUCAGUCAAUGUUUGCACUUCAUCAUGUCGAAAACGAUGGCGAAAUAAAUCACUCCACUCCAACGUCCAUAUGCAACAAGGCCGAAAAAAAUCGAUUGGCCCAAAAGGCAUAUCGAAAACGAAAAGCAGAAUACAUAAAGAUCCUCGAAGCAAGAUCCUCUCUUUUAUCGAUUCUAGAGAGCGAGCUGAAAGAAAUACAAGACCAGUUGUCUCGCGUAAACAGCAAUUUAUUCGAAUGCUAUAAGGAAAGAGACUUGCUACUGGAGGAGUUAAAUGCAUUGAAAAGGGAAAAAAAAUGUAAAGCUUGCUAUUGCAAGGGGCAUAAGUACUGUUUUAAGGACAAGUGCCCUGGGAAAAAAAAUUCCGAUACCUCGAACGGAAGUUCUGGAGAUUCGAGUGACAGAUCAUUUGAAUAUUCUCCUUAUUUGGAUGGUGAUUUUUGUGCACCUUAG